GCUGCCGGAUCAAACAGGAAACAGGUCUUAGCUGUUCGUGUUCUCGUUGCUUAGAACAUAGGAUAGUAACAAAAUAUUUGUGCAAAGUUCAUGCGUUGUUAUCACUUUCUGUAACUCCUUGAAGCCGUGCAAUUUAUUUAUAUAGCUGUAAUAAAGCACGUUUUAGUAAGAAGAAAGUCUGCGACAAUAUAUGUGCUCCAACAAUUUCUGUAUUAACAAUCAAUGGAUGUACAGUAUGGGACUGAACAUUACCUUAUAUAGGCGUGCUAUUUCUAAGUAAGGGGUUACAAGCGGAUUUAUGGCCCAAUGUAAGCAAUGGGCAGCUCCAAUUUUGGGAAACACUGUCCCUCGCUUUAAGGCUACCGUAGGACAUGACCCGACAUAAUAAUAGCAAUUUAAAUGGGAACAAACCAGGAAAAGGCAAAAAUGUCAUCCGAACAAAUAAUUGCAAUCGUAACUGAGGAUAAGACUUACAAAGUUAGCAAAAGUAAGCUGAUAGAGAAGAGCGACUAUUUCCAGGCGCUGUACAGCUCUGGGAUGAGAGAAGCCGGAGAGGACUCCGUGCGGCUGCAGGGACUGAGCCGGCAGGGGCUGGAGUUGGUCAUUGAGUUCAUCAACACCUCUAAAGUGCAGAUCGAGAACGAAACGCUGGAGGACUUGAUCGAGGCGGCCUCUUUCCUGCAGGUGACCUCGAUCCUCAAACUGCUGCUCUCCGAAAUAAGGCUGGAAAACUGCGUGGAGCUGUACAACCUUUCCGACGUCUACGGGACCCACGACCUCGGGGCUGCCUGCAUCAGAUUUAUGAGCUGCUAUUAUCACCCGAUGCUGAGGAGGCAAGAGUUCAGGCAGUUACCUGGCGCGUUUAGGGACCAGGUGCGAGAACUGCGCAUGAGAGGGACGGCGACUUUAAUUGCCGUGGGCGACUUCGUGGGGACCUGCCUGGACGCCGCUCACCAGGACGAGCCCUGGUCCAUGCUCCGCUACAGCGAGGCGGACCAGCGAUGGAUGCCGCUGGCCAGCAGUCUGCCUCCCGAGAUGGUCAACGUGAGAGGUUAUGGGUCCGCUGUUUUGGAUAACUACCUGUUCGUCGUCGGGGGGUACAGAAUGACCAGCCACGACAUAUCUGCUGCACACUGUUACAAUCCCUGUCGAAAUGAAUGGACCCAAGUCGCAUCGCUGAACCAAAAAAGGUCCAAUUUUAAGCUGCUCGCUGUGAGCGGGAAGCUGUACGCGGUAGGCGGCCAGUCUGUGGGCACGGUGGAGUGCUACAAUCCCGAGUUGGACUGGUGGAGUUUUGUAGCCUCUCUGCCUGAUCCCUUGGCAGAAUUCUCGGCCUGUGAAUGCAAGGGAAUGAUAUACGUCAUGGGCGGCUACACUGCUAGAGACAGGAACAUGAGCAUCCUGCGCUACUGUCCCAGCUCAGACGCCUGGUCCUCCUUGGAGACCUGUCAGGUGCAUGUCAGGAAGCAGCAGAUGCUGUCCCUGGAGGACACCAUCUACCUCGUCGGGGGCUACAUCCACGACAUGGAGCCGCCCAAGAAGACCGGCCAGUCGGAGGACAUCCUCACGGUGCAGGCCUACGACGUGGGCACGGGGGAGUGGCGACGUGUGAAGGAGAACACUUCCAAGUCCGGGCUCAACCUGACGUGCGCGCUGCAUAAUGACGGUAUCUUCAUCAUGAGCAGGGACGUCGCCCUACCCACCAGCCAGGAGCACAGGGUCUUCCUCAAGUACAACAUCUUUUCCGAUAUGUGGCAGCCCUUCCGAAGGUUUCCAGCCUUCGGCCAAAACAUGCUGCUGUGUUCCCUGUACCUGCCUAACGUCAUCAUGUAGCAUGCUCGCUCCAAGGAUCCAUUUAUAUAUAUUGGCUUGUGGCUCUUGAACUGGAGCUGUGCUGAAGAGGUUCUCCGUUCGUGAGUCAAUGUGGUGAAAGGUUUGCUGGGGACUCCUGUGGGUUCGAGCAUGCAGUUAAUCAUUUUAGCCUCCAGUUUUCCUCCAUUCCUCCAGCGGCGCAUUGAUGUAACAUUCCAGUUGACUUCAUCCCAUUUCUUGGCUACCGCAACUGCAGCGCUAGCGCCCCUCCCCUGACCAAAAGGAUAUAUCCAAAAGAAUAAGCGCUUAUAACUCCCUUUCCAUGCAUUGUCACUGAAUUGUGCCUUGAUUGUGUAAGAGAUGGACAGUGCCAUGAACAAGAUGUGUACUCUUCCUUCAAAGAAGUAGGUUAAUUAUAAGUUACAUUUAAGUUGUUUUUUCUUUAUUUAAUUUGGGUCUUUGUAUAUCAGAUCUGGGGCUAUGUGUUGCAGAAUUGAAUAACGACUGCUAUAGGGCUGUGGUAAUGAAUUGAGUUGCACGAAUCUUUCUAAUUGUUUUAAGAUGUGUGUAUCGUUUUUUCGGUUCUAAAUUAUUUACUUAUACCAAUGCAUACAUCCAUAUACUACAUGCCCUCUUAAGAUUAUCGAUUAAUCACAAGCAACUGCAAUGUCAGUUGUAAUAUACUGUAAAACACUUUUUGUUUUUAGGUGGAACUUACUUGAUAUUUCCAUUUACUGUCCAGAUGUGUCAUUUUUAAAUAGUAAGGACAAUUACAAAGAAGAAAAGGUUAUUUGGCCCAUCAAGCCCAAAUAACUCAUUUGUAAGCCUCCUGGAAAACACACUUAUGCAUAGUUGUAGAAAUUGUGUUUUUCCCCAUGACAAAUGUCAACAAACAUACCUUACUUUAAAAAAAAAAAAAACACUAAAAAAUGGCAAAGAUAGUUGCUUCAUUUUCUGUGUGUAUAAGACAUAAAACAGUUUACAUACUGGCCCCCAUUAUUGAUUAACAGUCUUAAAAUGUAUAAUUAUGUGUUCAAGGAAGGGAAUUGCAGUGCAACAAAGCACAAUUACUGUAUGCUAUUAAGUCUGUACAGAGAGCACUUCAAUAAAAUACAUGCCUUCCUAUAAAUUAAAAUGCAUCAUUUCAUAAUUGAGCACACAAGAACUGACGAUACAAAUGUACGAUUUUUACGUUUUUUAGUUACUUUCCUCAAACUCAGGAAUAAACCUUGCACUUCAAGUUACUUAUGCAUGUUGCCAGUCUUUGCACGUUACUCAUCUUAGCUACUUAAAUCCAGAUAACAGAUAAGGAACUCAAUUGUACUGUUAUUGAUGUGACAUGCAACACUCGAUGUAGUGACAAAUUACUAAUUACUACUAAUAAAGAAAGUCACUACUUCUCAGAGCUACAGUAGUCAAUCCAGAGUGUGCAUAUUACAGACUCACUACUUGGGUAAAAAGAGAUAAAUAUAAUUGUCUGUAAACAAUGGGCCAAAGUGCAAAAUGUUUAUUUUACGUGAAAGUGUGUUGUAAAGACAACUAUUUGGAGUUAUUUGAGAAAGCAUCUUCUGAAUAAAUUACAGACUGUAAAUAGUGUGUUGCAGACCAUG